UUAGUUACUGAUGGCACAGCAGGAGAGGUUCACUCAGAACGGGAAGAUUUCCUUCAUACAGGAAAUAUUUAAUACGGAUACAGGGAACAUUUAUUUUCCCCACAAAAGUUAGUUGUGUUCAAAUUGGUUAGAACUGCAAGAAACGGAAAAGAAAAAUCGGCAUCGGCAGUUCGCAACAGUUCGCGACAGUUCAUCGUCCCAAUUACAGUUUAUAGUUUGUCAUUGUGAAUGCCGUGCAUCUGGAUUUUGUGCUGGCUCUUCAUAAAUCCACAACUAUGAGAAUAUAUGAUGAUCCUGUCAAGUGGUGUGGUGAAAAUGAGCAAUGUUGUCAGUCUUGCUGGAGCACAGACCAAUGUCAAGAUGACGCUAAUUCUAAGGAUCUUCAACAAGCAGCUCAGCCACUUGUAGAAGGGAGCAAGAAUAAGAAGAUCAAAAUGGCGGCAUCUAUACCUUCAUCAUGCUACCGGCCGAAGCCACAGAUCACAGACACACCCCCAGAUGGCAGCAUGAACUUCACUAUUAUGAAGCACCCGAAAGAGGCAUUAGAAAUAAUGAGCAUCCUCCGUCGGACUAAAAAAUUGUGUGAUGUAACACUGAUUGUUGGAGAGGAGAAGCUAAUGGCUCAUAAAAUAGUACUAGCCGCGGCCAGCCCAUAUUUCCGUGCUAUGUUCACUGGCGGAAUGAGGGAGGAGGAAAUGUCGUCCAUUCCGCUGCAUGGUAUAUCACCAUGUACACUAGCUGUUCUUGUGGAGUUUGCUUACACUGCUGAAAUACACAUCAACGAAAUGAACGUUUGUUACCUUCUUCCAGCUGCCACCAUGUUCCAGAUGACGCAUGUAGUCGAGGCUUGUAGUGUUUUUCUUGAGCACCAGCUUGACCCUAGUAACUGUAUUGGUAUUGCUGACUUUGCAAGCGAACAUGGCUGCCCAGAGCUUGAAACGAAAGCAAGAACCUAUAUCUACAAACACUUCUGUGAAGUUAUCAAAUGUGACGAAUUCCUCAUGCUGAGUCCUUGCCAAAUGAUACAGCUCAUCAAGCAAGAUGAACUGAAUAUCCGAUGUGAGUCGGAAGUGUUCCAGGCAGUGAUUCGAUGGGUGGAAUCAGACACGGAAAAACGUCUCAGCAAGUUGGAAGGUCUCUUAGCGGCAGUGAGGGUUCAGUUCCUGUCUCCAUGUUUCCUAGAACAACAGCUCAAAGACUGCCAUAUUCUCAAAAAGAUGCCGCAGUGUCUACAGACUCUCAACGAUAAACUUCGAAGGCUCAAACUUCAUGAAAAAUGUCCCGAAAAGCCUCGAUUACCUUGUGCUCCGCUUGUUAUCUUUUGUGCUGGUGGUUACCUUCGACAGUCCCUAAGUAAUUUUGAGUGCUAUAACCCAAAGUCAAAUCAAUGGCAUCGUCUCCCUGACUUGCCAACCCCUCGCAGUGGACUCAGAGCGUGUUUAGUUCGGGGAGCUCUCUACGUUGUUGGAGGAAGGAACAACUCCCCAGACGGUAACAUGGAUUCCAACACGUUAGACAUGUAUGACCCCAUGAGGAAUGUAUGGACGCCACGAUCACCGAUGACAGUCCCCAGGAAUCGUGUGGGUGUAGGAGUGAUCGAUGGAAUGAUCUAUGCUGUUGGAGGUUCUCAAGGACAAACUCACCAUAAGUCUGCUGAAAAAUAUGACCCUGAACUAGACUGCUGGACAAUGGUAUCCACCAUGUCCACCAAUCGUAUUGGUGUGGGAUGUGCAGUGGUAAAUCGCCUGCUGUUUGCUGUUGGAGGAUAUGAUGGACAAAAUCGUCUGAAGAGCGUUGAAUGUUACGACCCUGAAAAGGACGAGUGGCAUUUUGUGGCCCCAAUGAAUACUAUGAGAAGUGGUGCUGGUGUUAUUGCUAUGGACUGUUACGUAUAUGCUGUGGGUGGGUACGACAGCACCUCUCAGCUGAGAUCUGUGGAGCGCUACCAUACAGAAAACAACUCGUGGGAGUUUGUGUCCCCCAUGAACAGCCCACGGAGUGCUCUCAGUGUGGCAGUCAUCAACGACCGACUCUAUGCUCUAGGUGGCUAUGAUGGCAACGAUUUCCUGUCAACUGUUGAAUGUUACAACCCUGACACCAACCAGUGGACGGAGGUGACAAACAUGACAUGCGGCCGCAGUGGACAUGGGGUGGCCAUCGGUGCCGAGCCCAGUUUGUAGAGUCAGCGGUCAGCCACCCCUCCUGACCACACCACCAUGCUCUUAGACAGAUGAAGUCCCAACCUAGUUGAAACAUGUCGUCUGGAAGAUAUUAGGCAUUGUAGCAUCAUUUGCACUCUCAAGAAAGUACCAUCGAUGGACAGAUUGAAUGUUCAGGUCUUCCUUAACGGGUUCCUUUUAUGGAGGGCAUGUGUUUCCCAAGGAAGAGCUUUCAGUCAACAUCUUCUUGAAGAGAAAUACAUUGCUACUGACAACAUGUCACUAUGAUUGAACAAAUGCACUGACUGUUUCUUAAAAUCGUCAUUCAAUUGAUGAUUUUUACAGUUAUCAGAAAGACACUUGCAUAUGGAAACAUGUUUUAUCUAUCAGACAAGCAGUUUUGGAAAGAGACUUUGAUGAAUGUGAAAAAUCUGAUGGAGACAGUUGCAAGAUUGAAGAAUUAUGAAAAUUGGUGGCUGUGUGAGUUCGUGUGGGGUGGGGGAUGUGUUCCAAUAUCAUGCUCCACACACCGUAGUUACCAUAUCACUGCUCCAUAGGGCCAGCAUACUAUUUGCCAUACAACUAUUGCAAAGCCAUCUAUAUUGUUGAUCUGGCAAGAGAUAUCAUAUACUGUACUUUUAUCAACUGAUGGAUUUCUGUGUGUUGAUAUGGGUAUAUAUUCUCGGAUUUCUGUACCAGAAGAGGUGAAUUUGGACAAGCAUUGCCAUGGAAACAGCUUUCAUCAUGAACAACUUUGGUGUUGAAACAACAGUGUAGGGUUUGUGACUAGUUGUGAUCCAUCACAAGAAAAGAACAAACCUGAUAUCAACUAAAUGCUACAUUGCUGAGAGAAGGGACAGGAUUGUGCAAAUAUUUCUAGUUAGGGUUUAUUCCGGGAUGGUUUCUGGCCAUGCAAAGGAUUGUCUUUCAUUGAUUUACCUCAGUUCCUGGUAUUAAUGCUGUAUCAAUACUGACAGUACUUACAAUGUCAAUUCCAUGUUGAGUUCUGUGAUGUGUGAGAUUUGAGUGUUGCCUGUGGUAUGUCUGUGGAGGGGUCGUACUGUUGUUUGCAAUGUCGCGGUGUUGUGAUAGAAGGCGAGAUCUAAACAGUUACUAUGUAGCUGAGGUACUCUAUAGCACUAAUAUUUGCAGUGUAAACCCACCAAUAAACAAUGUCUGUCAGCUUGACUCCAGUUUGGUAGGUUUAAACUUUCAGAAACAUUCACCAUCAUAAUGAGUUUAAUUGCUGAGAGAGAUGUUAAUUAAUGAAGAUUAGAUUUGUAUCUUCUGAUUCAGUUGAAAAAUAUCAAAUUUAUUCCUACCACAAAAUGGCACCUGAAGUUCUUUUUAUUAUUACUGAUGAGUUAUCCAUGUGAAAGCUGAUAUAUCUAAUAGGGGUUUCAGCAGAAACAAGAAGACCUUGUUAUUCAAUCAGAAUCAAGCAUUUUUCAAUGUCAUGGUAGAAUAUAUUACUUGUAAGCAUAGUGCAAUGGAAUGGGGCCAUGUCCACACAGUUGUUAUACGUGUCAUAACUGGGGCACAGAUAUGGUCAGGGUACAUUAAGAGUAGUUACAGCCCUCUCCAAAUGCUAUGUUCACUGUUAUAACCCCAAUAUAUUUUGGUUACAUAUAUAUAGGGGCUCACUCGAUACAAAACUACAGAAAAAAAUAUAGGACCCUUGAACCACCUAUAAACACCUGGUACUCUCAGAAUUGACAGAAUAUCUAAUUCUUUCAAAAUAUUUUGUGCAUAAACGUGACUAAAACUGGUGUUAGUUAACAUAGGGUUGUUCAAAUUUUUAAUACAAUCUUUCAGUACCAACAAUUAGAAUAUAUAUGAUAAAUAUGUACACACAUGACUUUAGCCUUGUAUUCUGGCUGCAUUUACUUGCUGAAAAAAUAACAGUCCUUUAGGCAAACAUUUUUGUAGCAAUUCCAUCAGAACCACUGUUUGUUCUAAAGACAUUAAAAGUAAAUGAUUUUCAGUGAUGUAAUAUCAUGUAAAUGGACAAAGUUGUUCUGCCAGUUUGAAACUUAAUCAUACCACCUCCUUGUUUGGUUGAACGUGUCUCAGUUUCAUAUCAGGGUUCUUAUCAUUUGUAUGUUGAUCGUUUUGUUUACUUCGUUAAUAUCAUUUCUGUUUCUCUAUCAUUCUUUUGUUUUGGUUGAUAUUUUUGAACAAAAGAUUGGCUGAUGAAACGAAUUUUCUUGUUUGGUUUAGUUAUCAUUUCUCAGAAUCAACCCUUUUGUUUCGUUUGUGUAGAUUUACAAAAGCCCAUCUGCUUAAAGACUGCAAUACUUGUAGUUGUGGUUUACAUCUUCACAUUAUUAUAUCAAAAAAAGGGUUUGGAAGUGACUGAGAUAUUGUCUAGGCCAACUAUCAGUGAACAUCAGGCGAUAUAGACAUUUUUCCUCAUGUAAACAAGUCCUCUCAUAAUUCUAAAUAUGCUUGUGAAAACUUCUCCAGGUGGGGUGCGUGUGAGUUUUUCGGUGAAGAUCACUAAAGAAAAAAACAUUGAUGUAACUUAUUUAUUCCUUUUUAUACCUACACAUGUAUCAGAAUGCAUGUAUGGUAUGUGUGUUUAAGCGCCGGUAAGAAAGUAUCUAACAGUGUAUUUCAUUAUCACUAUUUAUACCAUACGUCAGUACUAUAUGUGAAUGGCAUCAUUGUUUCCAACUGCUCUUGAAAAAUGCAAGUAAAUAAUUAUUUCUGUUUUUUAAAGAUUUUUACCAGAAUUUUUUCAGAAUGAUAACCUUUAUAUGGUUCAAAUUAUUCUAGGAAUGCAAUAAAAAGUGAUUUGUAUUUGUCUCCCAAAGAUAAAUUUAAAUGGUCAUCAGACUAUGGCUGGGUUGAGUACACAUUUUCUACCAGGGCACCUUGACCCAGACCUAAUCACACCUUGUGUUUUAGGGGAGGAAUUCAUGUUUGAAUCUAUAACAUUAUCAAACAAUUUGAAACCUGUAUCAGGUCAAUAUGAGAUUGAUGUUAUGAAAGACUGAAUGAUGUCCAUUAUGAAGUGUUUACAAAGUUUUAGUGUUCUAUUGGUACAUCCUCUAUCUUUCAACCUGUCAGCCAUUACUGCUUUUCUCAACCACUAGCUAGUCACUCAACAACAGUUUUACUUUAAUCAACUAGAAAUCAAAACUUGAAACAAACUAUCCUCUCUAUAUAUGUUGAGCUCUUGUAGUAGUCAUACUACAUUAAAUACAUUUAAUCAUUGAGUCAUAUUUGUGAGAUUGUAUUAGUAAUGUCAUUACUCUUAGCUGUAAAUCUUCCACUUCAGCAGGCAAUAAUGUACAUUAAUCUCUAAAUGUGUAAAAAUAUGGUAAGAAGAAAAGACAAUACAUUGUUUUUUUCCCAGAUGCAUAUCUCUUUUCGCUGGCAGUAGUUAAGUAUCACUAACCUUAGUAAAAUUUAUUUUUGAAAAAAUGAAAGAAAACUUGUAUAGCAGGAUAUUAUUUCUCUGUUGACAGUAAUGUACUCUGUUCUAACAUGCUGGAGAAGAAUCAUAGAUAACCUUGUGAAAUUGAGUGUUCUCCUGUCCUUGUGCAUGGUUACUGAUUGCCAUUUCAAAAUCUUUCUGUGAUUCUAAGCAAUGAACCAGAGGUGUUGUCUGAUAAUAUCUAUCACCUUAUGUCAGAAGAUCAAACAGAAAUAUCACAAAACAAAUCUCAAAGCAGGUGCUCUCGCUCAAUCCACAAAUGUGGCUCACCUCAAUAGUCGUGAAGGAUAUAUUUUUUUUUUUAUAAAUGUUGUCACCAAGAAAAUGUUGAUUGAAGUUAAUACAUGAUGAUUUUGUAACUGAUCACAGAAAGCUAUCAAUGCCCUUUUGAUGUAUUGAUAAUGGACAAUAUCCAACUGUAGGCACAUACAGAAAGGCAUUUCUUACAAGCUGUAUGUAUUUGGUCAUUUUGCUCAUAACCUUUCAAAUUUCUUUUUUAAUACAACAUCCAAAGAAGGAUUUCUUUAUGUCUAAAAGAUAAUGAAUUUCAUACUUCCAUUUUCCCUCUUAAGGGAGAUUAAAAAAAGUAUGUAUGUGUAACAAUACUGAAUUAGUGUCUGAACUUCCACUAUUAGCUGGCCUUGACCUCCCCAUUAUGAUGAGGAGGUACUCUGUAAUUGUUAGUUGUCAUGCUAAUCUUAUCAGUGUCUGUACUACUUUACUUUCACUAGUCUCUAAACAUUGAAAAUAUGUUGAAACACUUGAAAAUUCCAUAGCAAUUUAUCUAUUAAGUCUAUACAAGUAAUCAUUAUCAAUAAGAACAAUCAAAUUAUCAUUGUUCAUUUAGCAGGCGUCUUUAUCAUCAGUUCAUUAUACCAUUGACAUAGUACUAUACACAACAUUUGUGUUAUCAAAAAAUAUUAAUUAAAACCAAAGAUGUCAUAUUUGUCUCCUCUCCAUUGUUAAUGAUUGGAGGAGUGAGAGUUCAUUACAAAUAUUUUCAGUUUGUUUUAGAGGCUAUUGAAUGAAAUUAAGUGUCAAAUAGAUGUACCUGGUAUGUGUUUCGUUUCAUGUUUUGUAAUUGUUAUGUAUAACCUGUUGUUAGUUGUCUGAGAACAUGUCUCCUGUCCAUUGUAUAUAGGCAAUAUUGUGCUCUGAGAUACCGCAGAAUGCUGCAUGGCCUUCCUGCAGUACCUUCAGACAAUUACCGAUCAUUUAUUAUCUACUGAUGCAAUUGAUAUUAAAAUAUCUGCAUCAUA